GACGCCUCAUAUAGGGCAACAAGUUGAGAGUCCUGGCACACUCCACACCACCGCCUCCACCGUCACUCACCAGCGGAACCCGGUGCCUUGUGGACUCUUUCUUGCUCCCCUCACAUCCACCAGCAGGUGUCAUGAUUGCCGUGGCGUGGGUUCUCCUCUCGGGCGUGGCUUGGUGCCUUGCCUCUCCCCUCACCCCCGUACCAGGCGCCAUCGAAGCCUCCCCCUCUACCCACAAUGCCCCAGGAAGUGAUAUCCCCGAGGUUCCUCAAGAAAAGAGACUACUUAAGUACUUCCUCCCCAGCAGCUCCUCAUGGGUGCCAACUCAGCAGGAAGGCUCCAAGCGUGGCUACAGCAGGAACUAUCUGAGGUUCGGUCGCAGUGAAGAAGACAAGAGGGGAGGUCGCAACUUCCUGAGGUUCGGCCGUGCUGACAUCAGCAGCAUUGAAGAUACUGACAUGCUCCCAGAGACCGAAGACUCCAUGGAAAAGAGGAACCGUAACUUCCUUCGUUUCGGCCGCGACCGCAACUUCCUGAGGUUUGGACGCUCUGACGCUGAAGAAUUCGGUCUUCCCGGAGGACCCCUUGCCUUCUCCAACUUGCAGGAAGAUGAUACUGAGGACUACCCCGUGGAGGAGAAGCGCGCUGGUCACAGGAACUACCUUCGCUUCGGCCGUGGCAACAGGAACUUCUUGAGGUUCGGACGUGACGACAACCGCAACUUCCUUCGCUUCGGACGCUCCGUCGAUCGCCAGCUGAAAGAACAGAAGGUUCAUGAAGCACCUCUCGCCCCCACCACUGUCCCACACUCCCCCGCCAAGACCCAGGACUCCCACCGCUCCAAGAGGUCUGCUAGCCCCUACAGCUAUGUGGUGAUGCCCUCCCAUGGUCCCGCUGCCUGGGCCCAGGACUUCCAGCCCGAACAGGAAGACGAAGACCUUGAAGUAGCCGUUGACGGACCCGAGGCCGCCGUGACCAAGCGUGGUUACAACAGGAGCUUCCUUCGCUUCGGCCGUGACCGCAACUUCCUUAGAUUCGGCAAGAGGAAUGACGAUUCUGCCUCCGACGUAGUGGUGGUGGAACCCGCCAGCUACCCCCGCUACCAGAGGGCCCCCCAGCGCAACUUCCUCAGAUUCGGUUGAGCUGUGACAGGUCUCCGGGCCGCCACUCUCCCCUCCCCGUCCCUUCCCUCCCCACUCUCCCGGACCGCCAGACACACACAUAUACAUAACAUAUAUACACAUAAUAUACUCGUACAUUCCCCAAUACUUAGAUGCCUAGUCGAACGCCAGUCGCCGCGCCGCGCCCUCCCCUCACUGUUGUGCUGACCUGGCGUCGCGUCAAGACUGCCGCGCUAACCACAGCCACUCCCACGAGCCGAUACGAGUGUCGUCGGAUCAAACGCACCUAAUAAUAAUCCAUUUAUGCAAACGAUGACGGCGGCGAGGCGCGGACGGCAUCCUCAGCGCGUCGAAUGAGCUCCCCUUCUCUGAGCCUGCAACCUCCUCCCUCCCCGGUGGUGACUCCCCAGGCCGCGGCACUGUCAGAUACGUUUCGCUGGACUUUCCCGAGAGGUGGAAGCAGCAGGGUAGCCAUGCUUAGUUUUGUUUCUCCUGACGACGGGGAGAGGCAUGGCUGGUCUCCACGGGCGUCUGAAUAUUUCCUGAAGAUGAUGAUGAAGAAUGAGAUGAAGAAUGAGGAGGAGUGGACGAGUGUAGCGAGCACUGAAGAGUGGAGUGUUUAGCAGUGUGUUUCUGUGAUUGUAGUGUUCUGUAGUGUAAAUUAUCCUGUAGAGGAGAGCAGAGGAGAGCGCAUAUCCCCUUACCAUCCCUCGAUUGCUGUACAUCACUGUAUUCUUAAGAUACUAACAUGUAGGUUUUAGUUGGGCUGGGAAUGUCUGUAGAUAUAUUUAUUUACUUAUUUAUCAAUCUAUUUAUAAGUUAAUUUAUUAUCAUUACUAUUAUUUCUACUAUUACUAGUACAACAGUGUUCUCUAGUCAGUGCGGGUCUCAUGAAGUCGCUCUCUCUACAACUCACUCUCUCUCUAAAUUUAAAGUAAGGUUCAAGUCAGAUACCUUAUUUUCUCACAUAAUUUAGUUGCGCCCACACACACACACACACACACACACACACACACACACACACACACACACACACACACCAGUUUGCCAUAAUAGUUAUUUAGACAUACACUGAGGAGGUCUUAAGUGUUCGCUGCCACGUCUACUGGAGGCCACGAGAAAAACAAGGAUGAGCAAGUGUACCAGUGAAAAGAGGUUACCGGGACUCCAGUUGAGAAAAAAACGUGCAUCAUUAUUAUUGUUAUCGUUCCUGAGGCCGAGAUAAUGGAGGUAUCUAAUGAUAAUAUAAUUUGAAUUAACCCGCCGAUCUCUAUAAUAUGUAAAGGAGUGUUGUAAGAGCCAGGAGGAGGCAAUCCAUAGGCCAAUGAUAUUCAGUGACCAUUCUAAGUAUUGAUAUCACCGUGUCUCACUUUGUUGAAAUAAAAUAUUCAUUUCU